AUGGUGAUGUGGCUGAACCAGUCAUUCACAGAUGACUUUAUCCUCUUGGGCAUCUUCUCCCACAGUCCAACUGAUCUUCUUCUUUUCUCUGUGGUCAUGCUGGUCUUCACAGUGGCGCUCUGUGGGAAUGUUCUCCUCAUCCUCCUCAUCUACACUGACUCCCGACUUCAUACUCCCAUGUACUUCUUCCUCAGUCAGCUCUCCCUCAUGGACCUCAUGUUGGUCUGCACCACUGUGCCAAAGAUGGCAGCCAACUUCCUGUCUGGUAGGAAGUCCAUCUCCUUUGUGGGUUGUAUCAUACAAAUUGGACUCUUUGUCUCUCUUGUGGGAUCUGAAGGGCUCUUGUUGGGACUCAUGGCUUAUGAUCGCUAUGUGGCCAUUAGCCACCCACUUCACUACCCUGUCCUCAUGAAUCAGAAGGUCUGUCUUCAGAUUGUUGGGAGCUCUUGGGCCUUUGGUGUAGUAGAUGGCCUGGUGCAGAUGGUGGUGGUAAUGACCUUCCCCUAUUGCAACUUGAGGGAGGUGGACCACUUCUUCUGUGAGAUGCUUUCCUUGUUGAAGCUGGCCUGUGCAGACACGUCCUUAUUUGAGAAGGUAGGACUUGCUUGCUGCAUCUUCAUGCUGCUCUUUCCUUUCUCCAUCAUUGUAGCCUCCUAUGCUCGCAUCCUAGGAACUGUGCUCCGUAUGGCGUCGGUUCAGUCCCGAAGAAAGGCUCUAGCCACUUGUUCCUCCCAUCUGACAGCUGUCUCCUUCUUCUACGGGGCAGCCAUGUUCAUCUACCUAAGGCCGAGGCGUUACCGGACCCCAAGCCAGGACAAGGAGGUCUCUAUCUUCUAUACAGUCCUUACGCCUAUGCUCAACCCCCUCAUUUACAGCUUGAGGAAUCAGGAAGUGUUGGGAGCACUGCAGAAAGGGCUGGACCACUGCAGGACUAGCAGCCAGCACUGA